CGUACGGCAGCCGAAAAAGACCGUUUCGUUUUCUGCUGCACUUUUUCCCAUUGGACCCGAUUACAAGUGCGAUGCCUUUUCCUCACGACUGGAGCAGCGCGUAGAUCGUCCCUUCGCCGCAGUUAAUGGCGGUCAAGAAGCCCGAACUUCCCAAACCUGGGCCGGUUAGCCCGAAUCCCAGCGCUGGCGCCAAGGUGUGGCUGCUUUCCUUGCUGCUCACGCUGCAGUACGGCGCCCAGCCCCUCAUCUCCAAGCGUUGCACUAGCCGUGAAGUUAUUGUGACUACUUCUGUUUUGACAUGUGAGUCGGUAAAGGUGAUUUGUGCUCUCCUUAUCUUGGCAAGUAAAGGAAAUUUGAGAAAGGUGUUCAAAGAGUGGACUUUAGUUGGCUCUUUAACAGCAUCAGGACUGCCAGCCGCCAUCUAUGCACUGCAAAAUAGCUUGUUACAGAUAUCCUAUAGAAAUCUUGAUUCACUUACAUUCUCAAUGCUGAACCAGACAAAACUUUUUUUCACAGCAUUGUUUACCUAUCUCAUAUUAAGGCAGAGACAGUCUAUUCAACAGAUCGGGGCUCUGUUUUUGUUGAUAACUGCAGCUGUCCUUUUAAGCAUUGGUGAAGGAUCCAGUAAAGCAAUGGGUUCUGAAAAUCCUGAUGAAAUUUUAUUCUAUGGGAUUAUUCCUGUACUGGUAGCUUCCAUACUUUCUGGUCUGGCUUCGGCGUUAUGUCAGUGGGCUUGCCAAGUUAAGAACCAUACAUCUUACUUGAUGACUGUGGAGAUGUCCAUAAUUGGGAGCCUUUGCUUACUUGCCAGUGCUUCCAAGUCUCCAGAUGGUUUAGCUAUUAGAAAACAUGGGUUCUUUUAUGGAUGGACUCCUUUUACAUGGAUUCCUGUUGUACUCAAUGCUGUUGGUGGAAUUCUUGUUGGUCUUGUGACAAGUUAUGCUGGUGGUGUCCGAAAGGGGUUCGUCAUUGUAUCCGCCCUUCUGGUCACAGCUCUGCUCCAAUACAUGUUCGAUGGUAAACCACCUUCUCCAUACUGCCUUGUGGCUCUACCAUUGGUUAUCACCAGCACAACCAUCUACCAGAAGUACCCAUACCCAUACCGUACUAAAAAGAAGGAAUCGUGAGAGUCAGGAAAAUAGGUCGAUGAAUUUUUUGAAGGAGCUGAGCUGAGCUGACUUCAUUCCUUCCACUUUGAGAGAGGUAAUUGAAGACAACAUAGGAUUUAUGCAUACUGCUUUUCGAUCGAUCGUUGGUACUAAUACUAAGAGAGUUUGUUUUUUUGUUUGUUUGUUGUGUCUUGGUGUUGAAUAUUUGUAUGACUUUGUGCAUCUCUUUCUUGUCUUGGAAAACUUGUCAAAGCUCAGGAGGGUAUCUCCAAUGUUGUCAAUGAAAGGAUAUUUCAUUAUAGGACUUACAUGAUGUUUAGUUGAAAA